AUGUCGACUACCACCACUACCACCGCUGUCGAGGAUGAGUACACGCUGCUGCUGCGCAGUAAGCUCGGGGACGAGCCAGCGAUGGACAGAAUGUCGACAUCUUUCGAGAGCGUCUUUCAACGGGUAGACGUCAAGUCGCAGACAUUCCGUGACAUCCACCAGCUCAGUCAAGCAGUCAACGACAUCGACAUGGAUUUCCAGAAGAUCCGAAGCGAUCUUUGGCGCUUUGACCAGCAGGGAUUUCGCGACCAGAACGGCCAAGUUCUCCAGCUCACCCCUCGCUGGAUUGGGUAUCAUGAUCGUUUCAAACAGAUCAUGGAGCACAGCUAUAGGAGCGCAGUGGACGCUUCGGCAUUCAUGGAUCAAUACUGCUCGCUCCUGCCAGACUCAGGGGAAAAUAUCAGGGUCGAUGACAUACCGGACAUGCAGCUCGAGCUCGAGAUUUUCAUGAAGGAGCUGGAGGGCAAGACGGAAGCUGCGCAAAUGACGCAGAACAGCUUCAAGACGCUCGCAGAGGACGUCCGUCUCUUCGCCGGCGUUCUCAAGGACGCCCUGGUGAGAGCCGGUGCGCGACUCAUUUUCGAGCUCAAUGAAUGUCAAGCCCGCCUGGCCGAUCUUCAGCGGCGUCUCGACGUGGUCAAUGCUAAGGCACAAGCUAUGGGGCUCGCCUGUGCCAAAGUUGCGACUGCUGGAGCUGACCGUGGUUUUUCCGCCGCAAUUACUGUGUGUCCGAUACUUGGCUUUCUGGUUAUAGGCGCCUUUUUUGGGAGUAUCAUCGUGGGCGUCUGCAAAGCGGAUGCAUACGCGAAAGAGGCAGCCUCUCUUGAAAAGCAGAUCAACUACUGCAAACGUGAUCUUCGCGAGCUGCAAGGCAAAGAGCAGCUCCUCAAGGAGUAUCAAGAUUUGUUCAAGACGACCCAGGAUGACAUCGCCGUCCUGGCGAACAAGAUCGACGCCAUUUCGAACAUAUGGCAAUGCCUCAAAGCUGAUAUGCAGAAGCUCCACGAAGAGUUGCGGCUCGCCCUGAAGGCGAGGGCUCUCCCGAGCCGGUUCCUGGUGAAACUGCGGACCGCGCGCAAAGUAUACUCGCGCCUUGCUGAGCUCUUCGAGGAGUAUGCGAAGGGACGGGCGUAG